AGACUAUGGCCCAAUAAUAGCUUUAGGGCUAUCCUUUUGCCGGCGAUAUAUUGUGAUUCAAGUCUCGCCGUUAUCUUUCUUUCAAUUAGAUCAUAAGGAGAGUGGAGAAAAAGGGUUCGAUUCACCUUCUCUCAUUAUCUCCUUUAGAUAAGUCAUGGUUAAACAUAACAAUGUUGUGCCAAAUGGGCACUUCAAGAAGCAUUGGCAAAACUAUGUCCGGACCUGGUUCAACCAACCAGCCCGUAAGACAAGAAGAAGAACUGCUAGGCAGAUUAAGGCAGUAAAGAUUUUCCCUAGACCCACUAAUGGGUCACUGCGUCCUAUAGUUCAUGGCCAGACAUUGAAGUACAAUAUGAAACAAAGACAAGGCCGUGGAUUUUCUCUUGAGGAGCUCAAGGCAGCAGGCAUUACCAAAAAACUCGCUCCAACCAUUGGCAUUGCUUUCGAUCACCGGAGGAGGAACUCCUCCCUUGAGGGUCUUCAAGCUAAUGUUCAGAGGUUGAAGACAUACAAGGCCAAGUUGGUUGUGUAUCCAAGACGCACCCGCAAAUUCAAGGCGGGUGAUUCAGCUCCUGAGGAGUUGGCAACAGCUACUCAAGUACAAGGCCUUUACAUGCCUAUUGUUCAUGUUAAACCAUCGGUUGAGUUUGUUAAGGUGACGGAGGAGAUGAAGGCGUUCAAGGCCUUUGAUAAACUGCGUUUGGAGCACACUAACAAACGUUACAUUGGUGCCAGGUUGAAGAGAGCAGCAGAAGCUGAAAAAGAAGAAAAGAAAUAAAUAGGCUGAAUUUUGUUACUUCAUCUCAUCCUGAGCUUCAUAGUUAUAGUUGAUUUUUAAUAUAUUUUGUGGUAUUAGUGAUUUCUUUUUGACAUUCUUCUAAGUAUGAUGAUGACUGAGCAUAAUUUUUUUAUUUUUUUUAAACAUUUGUACUUGCCUAUAUGUGUUUUUGUUGAUUUAGGGCUUGUUUGAUUUUGAGUUUUUAGAAUUUUUACC